UGCAUAUGCGAUUUAAAACAGUUCUUGACUGAAGCGAUAUUUGAAAUAAAUGUCGAGAUUCCGAAAGGAAUAUGUGAUUAUAGUCGAGAGUUAAUGGGUUACACCAGGAGGGCAUGUCCCGUGUUUCUGACUGUAGGAGUUAAAACAAUAGCUGGACACUCGACUCAUACUUUAAGAUGAAAUUUAGGAUUUAAGAAAUAGAAGUAUUUUUUGAUAUAGAGGUGGAGAAAAUAAUGAUGAACUCUAUUUAUGAAACGUAAUCUAAUGGAUAGACAUACAUUUAAAGCUUCUGCACGUAAUGGUAUUCGACGAAUUCAAAGUAAAAUCAACGACACAAAGAAAUCUAUCAAGAGAAAAGAAACCUGCCUUCAAAAGUUUAAAUCAUGUCGCUGGAUAAUCGGAUAUUUGUGUUGUGCAGCAACUUUCAGCCAAUCAGCGAUCAGACAACUUAUUGGUAUGGCAACUGUUUGUAUGACACUAAACAAUGACCAGAACCUAAAUGUUAGCAACACAUCAAAAUGCAACAACACAAUUACGAACCAGACAGUUGGAGAAUUUUCCUGGUCUACAGAAUUUGAAGGAACUGUGCUAGCCGCUUUUAACUUUGGAUUCAUUGCUUCACCUAUACUUGGUGGAUAUGUUGCAGGUUAUUUUGGUGGAAAGAGAGUUAUUGGAAUAUCCCUGGCAGUCGGUGCCGUGGCAACCAUUUUGACCCCUAUAUCCGUCAGAGCUAACAGAGUAUUAUUGGUGUUCAUGAGGGUUAUGACUGGUUUAGUCAUGGGAGCAGUUGAUCCUUCAAUACAACAUCUGUGGUCAAAAUGGGCGCCAUGUUAUGAAAAGAGUCAAUUGACAGCCUGUUCAUUUUCUGGUCUAAGUAUUGCUGGCAUCACAACAUUUCUGGUAUCAGGAUACCUGUGUACUAUUCAAGUUGAUCAUGGGUGGCCUUUCAUUUUCUAUGUCUUUGGUGGUUUUGCUUUGUUAUUAAUUUUACCAUGGUUAUACUUUGUUUAUGAUUCACCUGAUCUGCAUCCUAGAAUAGAGAUUGACGAAAUGAAAUACAUCAAUAGAGGCAAGGUACCAAGUGAAAAGAUGACAAAACCCCCGUGGAACGAUAUAAUGCGAUCAAUGCCGUUUUGGGCUAUCGUCGUUGCCCAUAUAAAUCAUGGUUGGACAACAACGUGGGUCCUUGCUUAUUUACCAAAAUAUCUACAGACCAUCUUACAGUUUGGAGUUCAAGAAGAUGGUAUUUUAUCGUCCGUCCCAUUUGCUGGUCCAUUACUAUCAGGAAUAUUUUGUGGUUAUUCCUCAGACUGGUUGAUCAGGAAAAAGAUUUUCUCCGUAGAAAUCGUUCGUAAACUGUACCAAAUUGUAGGAUGUGUUGGUUGUGCAGCUUGUUUUUUCACCAUUAGUUUUCUUGAUCAUACUAAUAGAGAAUUAGCUGUUGUAUUAUUUAUCAUUGGUUUAACCUUCCAAAAUUUCACCACUGUAGCAUUCCGAAUAAAUCAUUUAGAUAUAGCCCCAAAAUAUGCCAGCGUUUUAAUGGGAAUAACUGUUACCAUAGCAAUGGUUUCUGCAUUAUCAGCACCAUUAAUUACAUCAGUCAUUAUUAGGAACGAUUCUGAAGAGGAAUGGAAGCAUGUGUUCUGGAUUGUGUCAGGCAUAAACAUUGUUGGUGCCAUUUUUUAUGUUAUAUUUGCCAAAGGAGAAGUUCAGUCGUGGGCU